GCGCAAAGGAGUGAAAAUGCAAAUAACUGACGGUGUAAGCUCUAUUCGUGGUUUUGCAGGCAUAUCUGCAGCAUCUGAUCGCUGUCAGAAGAUGCUCACAUUUUGGUUGUUGAUAACAGCACUAUCACUGUCAAAUGCAUUCCUAGUAUCAACUGUUAAUGCAAGAGAUGCUUGGGAAAAACCUGGGUGUCAUAAAGUUGGCCACACGAGAAAAAUAAGCAUACCAGACUGCGUGGAAUUCCCUAUAACAACGAACGCGUGCAGAGGCUACUGCGAAAGCUGGGCAAUACCUUCAAACUUUAAGGCGAGUCCAAACCAACCUGUAACUUCGGUGGGCCAGUGCUGUAACAUCAUGGAAACCGAACCUGUGGAAGCGAAAGUCCUAUGCGUGGAUGGCAUACGAGUUUUAACCUUCAAGUCGGCCGUCACUUGUUCCUGCUACCAUUGCAAAAAGGAUUAAUGAUUUUUCGGAUUAAGAGAAUUUUAAUAAAUGUAAUUAUAUCGUUGUUUUCAUGUAAAUAAAAGUUCUGUAAAUAUUUU